AGUCGCAGCUCAACGGCCGAUUUAAAAGUCCGGGGCGUCAGGCUGACGUGCGUCGCCUGCAUUCGUCUUGCUAUCAUUUUGCUUACGACUGAAUCUUGUUGAAUUCCUGGCUCAUCUAUGGCCACCAGCUGACCGACGGACCAUCUGCUGCAGCGACAUGUGACGAUCCGCCAUGACGAUCUCGAAGACGACUAAGCGGUCGGCGCUGACCGACCGGUCGCAGCGGCGCCGGAGUGGCUUCAAGGCGGCGACGCAGCCAGAGCCGCCGCGGCCGGGCCGUCGCCCCUCGGCCCCGGGCCACUCAGCCGCCGCCGCCGCCGGCGGGACGCAGGCCUCCAACGUGCGCGUGGUGGUGCGUGUGCGACCCGAGAACGAACGAGAACGCCAGGGAAACUUCAAGAAUGUGGUGCGCCCGCUGGACGACCACAUGCUCAUCUUCGACCCGCGCCAGCAGGAGGACGACUUUUACUUCCAGGGCGUGCGCCAGCGCGGCCGUGACCUGCUCAAGCGUGCCAGCAAGGACGUGCAGUACAUGUUCGAUCGGGUCUUCCACCCGCACCACUCGAACCAGCAGCUGUUCGAAGCCACUACCAAGGAUGUCGUCGACACCGUCAUCGAGGGCUUCAACUGUUCCGUGUUCGCAUACGGCUCGACCGGCGCCGGCAAGACGCACACGAUGCUGGGCGCCGCCGGCGAGCCGGGCAUCAUCUUCCUGACGGUGAUGGAGCUCUACUCGAGGAUCGAGGCCAUGUCUGAUAAGCACUGCGAGGUGUCCGUCUCCUACGUGGAGGUGUACAACGAGACGGUGACGGACCUGCUGACGCCGAGCGGCUCGCUGGAGGUGCGCGAGGACGGCCAGCGGGCGGUGGUCAUCGCCGGCCUCUCGCAGCACCGGCCCGACGGGCCCGACCACCUGAUGACCAUCCUGGAGGCGGGCAACCGCAACCGCACGCAGCACCCGACCGACAUGAACGCCGAGAGCUCGCGCUCGCACGCCGUCUUCCAGGUGGUGCUGCGCCAGUCGGACAGCACGGCCGGCCUCUCGACGGACGUGCGCCUCUCCAAGCUGUCGCUGAUUGACCUGGCCGGCUCGGAGCGCGGCUCAGCCACCGGCCACAAGGGUGCCCGCUUCCGGGAGGGCGCCAACAUCAACCGCUCGCUGCUGGCGCUCGGCAGCUGCAUCAAUGCGCUGGCCGACGGCAAGAAGUUCGUGCCGUACCGCGACUCGAAGCUGACGCGGCUGCUGAAGGACUCGAUCGGUGGUAACUGCAAAACGGUGAUGAUCGCGAACGUGACGCCUUCCUCGGCCAGCUACGAGGACACGCACAACACGCUCAAGUACGCCGACCGCGCCAAGGCCAUCAAGACCAGGCUGCAGCGGAACGUGGUCUCGGUAGAUAUGCACGUGUCGCAGUACGCCCGUAUCGUGGAGGAGUUGCGUCAAGAGGUGGCCAGUCUGAAGGCGCGGCUGGCCGAGCGCCCCGCCGAGGCGCCCUCCCUGCCACCGCCGCCGCCGCCCGCCACCUGGACGAGUUACCGCGUGCUCAGCUACAUGAAGUUCGUCACGCCGGAGCUGGAGGCCCAGCACAAGGAGAUCGUCAGCCUGGUGGAGGGCCAGAAGGAGCCGCCGCCGGUGGGCAGCCCCGGGCCGGAAGAGAGCGACCGUGAGCUGGCCGAGGAGUCGGUGCGCGCCGCCGUGGCGCCAGCGCUGGCCGCCGCCAGCCCAGUGAUGGCGACGGCAGAGAGCAGCCCCGCGCUGAGCAGGGCCGCCGCGCCGCCGGCCGGGCCUGACCGAGCGACGCCGUCGGCCGCGCCGCCGCCGCCUCCUUCGACGGGCGGUGGAAGCGCCAGGAGGCCCGCUGCCAGACCGGUGUCCGCCACCCACAGCGGAGGCAAGCUGUCACUGUCUGCGCAGAAAAGUAAGAGCACCGGUCGGCUGGUGCCGGCGGCGACCCAGGACGAGAACAGGCAGCGCCGCGAGCAGAGCGACCGACCCGCGUGGGGCCGGGCCACGGCUCCGUCGCUGCCGGGCGCGGCGCCGGACAAGACGGCCGCCAGGCACGGGCUCGUCUCCUCCGUCGGCAAGUUCGGCCUGGGACGCAACCGGGCUGGGGCCAUGGCCAAGAGUCGGUCGGCGUCGGUGCUGAAGCCCUCCAACGCGUGA